AUGCAAGCAGCCAUGACGGUCGAGCGUCCCAGCGAUGUGAUGCAGUGGUUCGAGUCGGUGCCCCACUUGCUAACGGAGCAGGAGUGGGAGGUGUGCGAACGUGCCGGGCUGUCAAGCCUGUCCCACUGCCACUGCCCGUGGGGUGGUCACUUGUUAAAGCUGACCCUCAGUGGUAUCCAGGUGCAGAAUGCUGACACCAGCAAACUACUGCUCAGGCCGGAGACUAGAGCAAUGCAUGAGACGCUGGGAGGUCGCAUCGAGCUGCUGGAACAGCUGGCACCAGGCGAUGCAGUUGUAAGGCAGCCUGCGUCGUGGGGGCUUCUGCAGCUGGCCAACUUGGUGUUUGGGAGCACUGAGGACUCGGGCGCUGGCCUGUCGGAGGUCUCGGUUCCCAUCGUUAGCCGACAGACGCUCUGCCGGGCCUGGCCAACAAAUGAAGACACUACCCUCAUGUUCUCCCGGAAUGAUGGCGAUCCUGCCGACGCCCUGUUGAUCUGCCGACCACAAGCAGCUGAACAGGUUGGACUUGUGGGAAUUUUCGCUGUCUCUGCAGAAAAGUUCGACCAGUGGAUGUCAACUCACCACGCCCUCUGGCUCGACACAGUCCUUCGGGCCGCCACGCAGUUCUUGAACCGGCCAGGGAUCACCAACUUGCGUGCCCUGGACGAGAACAUGUACACUGUCCUUGGCCUCCACAGCUGCAAGCGAGGGCCCCCGCUGCUGCCGCUGGCACCUGGUUCAACUGAGCCGGCAUUUGUCACGAUCAAGACAGACGAACGGAGUCAACUUGGCGAAUGGAGACGCAUUCCGUUAGGCCCGGAUGGCAAAUUUCGCUUGGUGAACUUCGUCAAGCAAUUUGCCGCGAAUCUCGGGCUGCGCCUAAAAGCUCACAAUUCGCUGGACGGCCAGAGGUUGGUUCACUACCAGUGCGCAGUCAGGCGUGACGAGUGGGAGCGCAUCCGAGAGGAAUUCCUUGAAGCCUUCCUGGUGCAGAAGCGCGCCUAUCGCCGAGCCAACGGCGGCUCAUGUGCUCCUUGCCUUGCAAUAGAUGCUGAACCUCGUUUUGCUCCAGACGAUAGACGUGUGGAGGUGGCCAGCCAGAUCAAAUCCAGGCAGCAGAAGCCAUCGCAGCACAAGACGGUGGUGCGUCGCACCUUCAUCGAGGUUGCAGAGGACGACAGCACCGAGGAUGAGUUCGUGAUCAUCCGGGAGAGAUCCAACAGACGUGCUAAGACCUUCCCAUCACGCUGGCCUCCAUCCUCGGAUUCGGAAUAA